AAUCAGAGGGCGAGCUUUGUUCCCACCGCCAAGAUCAUACGGCCGCUCUCCUCCUCAAGAGUGUUGGGGAAUGUGCUGCGUUUUAGCCCUCCAGCGCUCUCUCUGAGUUACUUAUCGGUCGCGGGAAGAUAUUGGAUGCAUGUGAGCUUGCGAGAGGAGCGAGCGAGGCCGAGAUGUAGGAGCUGCGAGGCGGAUGUUCGGUGCGAAAAGGGAGUGAUGCUCUCGCCAUUUUAGGCCUCGGCCGACGGUGGACGGAGUGUUGUUGUUUUUCAGUGGCCUGUUUGCGAGCCUCGGAAGGCGUCUGCGGGCCCCCGUACUACAUUUCGGACUAGAAGGAAACGUCUAGCAGGGCAUCAUGACGCAGAAUCAGCAGAAUAUCACGACCCUGCUGAUUCCUGACCCGAAUGGUGGACAGCCGCAGAUGAUCAAGGUGAUGGGCGGCAAGGGUGGUCAGCUGCCGAUUCAGCUGGCGGGCGUGGGCGCAGGUGGCUCAGCUGGCACCGUCAAGGCCACCUUCAUCAAAACUUCAGGUGACCAGUGUAAAGAAGAGAUGGAAUCCCUGGCCUUGAAGAACGAGGCCGAGUUCCUCCUCAGUGAGUACGACACUCUGGGCGAUCUCUGGGGCGAGAUAGAAAACAUCACGCCCAACCUGCAGGACCCGAGCCUCACAGGCGUACACUACCUCGUCAACGCACAAGCUGUGGGGGGGAGCAGCUACCUCCCAGCCCACGCCAAGCACACCUAUGGGCGUGCGGUGGGUGGCGGAGGCGUUACAGCGCCCACACGCCAUCAGCCUCAGCUUUUGCAUUGGCCCAACGCCGGAGGCAGCUUGGGUCAGGGCCAGACGGUUCUGCAGACGAGCAAACUCCCGAGCGGCCAGAUCAUCGCCAUCCCCGCCAAGCAAGGCCUCAAUGUCCAGAAUAUUCGUGGAAACCAGGUGAUGGUACCUGUAAACAGUGUACAGAUGAAGUCUCCACUUAGAAGUGUGGAUCAGCAACACACUGGAAUGACAGGAAGAUCAUCUCUCACCACUUCACCUGUUGUCAUUCGGACUCAAACUGGAUCACUCACUGCAAACCCUAUGACUCUUCAAACCUCUCAGACAACGCAACCACAAAUUCUUCAGCAUCAGCAACAGCAGCAGCAUCAACAGCAACAGCAACAACCACCUCCACCUUUGCAACCCCAACAGCAGCAACAUAGUACCCAGGGCGUAGGAGCUACGCCACCAAAAAGUCUAAUCACAACUCCAAUAUUAGAUCAUAGUGGGGCGCGGAAAAGACAUGAUUUUGACUUCGAUUAUGGAGUUGAAAGUAAGCGCAGGAAGAGUGAGAAAGGUGGAAAAGGAUUGCGUCACUUUUCCAUGAAGGUUUGUGAAAAGGUGAAGGCGAAGGGUACAACUUCAUACAAUGAGGUAGCAGAUGAACUGGUGUCUGAGUUUACAGAUCCUUCCCGAUGUGCAUCACCUUCAGAUGGUGCCAAUUAUGACCAGAAGAAUAUCCGACGCCGUGUUUAUGAUGCAUUGAAUGUCUUGAUGGCCAUGAACAUCAUAAGCAAGGAGAAGAAAGAAAUCCGAUGGCUUGGCCUCCCCACAAACUCCGCUCAAGAGUGCCGGAAGUUGGAACAGGAAAGACAUAAACGUGUGGAACGUAUUAAGCUGAAGACACAGCAGCUGCAGGAUCUCAUUUUACAGCAAAUUGCUUUCAAGAAUCUGGUAGAACGCAACAGGAGUGAAGAGCGUGUCCAUGGAGCUCCAUCGCCAAACUCUGCUAUCCAGUUACCCUUCAUUAUUGUUAAUACUAGCAAAAAAACAGUCAUUGACUGCUCAAUAUCUAAUGACAAAACCGAAUACCUUUUCAACUUCGAUGACACGUUUGAAAUCCAUGAUGACAUUGAAGUUUUGAAACGAAUGGGCAUGGCUUUAGGUCUAGAGAAAGCCCAAUGUUCAAAUGUGGAUUUGGAGAGAGCCAGAUCAAUGGUACCAAAGGCACUCGAAAGUUACGUUACAGAUUUAGCAGAGGGUAAUCAUGAGCCCAAGCUGAAUCUGCGGGAAGACCUGAGUGUCCUCGGCGGCGAACUAUAUGGGGAGGAAGACAUAGAGGUGGGGGGCAUGACACGUAGUGGAAGUGGUGGUGCAAGUAGUGGCAUUGGAGUCAUAUCUCGUCAUUCCUCCUUAAUUUCCCUCCAACAUGAACACCGACCUGACUCUGCCUCACCGUCCUCCUUUGGUGAUGAGGAAGAUGAAGAUAUGCUUGAUGACUCUGAUGGUGACAUAAGUUAAUUGGAGGAGCAAAUACAAGUGUCUAAGAUAGACAAAGGGUUGAACACCAGAUGGGCUUUAACAAUAAGAAAGGGUAUUUAACAUAGGAAGUGUUAUUGUGUGUGAGAAGUGCAAAGGAAUUUUUGAUGGUUGAAGGUCAGAUUAUGGCCAGUGAAGUGAAUUUAUUAUUGUUUUAUUUUAUUACUAUGUCUUUAAGUUGUGUGUAGGCCAACUUAUAAAGUAGGCAAGUCAAAGAGACAGUGUGAAAUAUUUUUUACUACAACAUGAAAAUUUGGAUGGAGAACCAACCAAAAAGUGUUGGUUACAAGAAUCUACAGAAUGUGAUGUGAGUGGAGUGAAGUGUUCUUACCCUCCCAGUGUUUGGGAAUGGCUGCAGCGGUUCCUGAGGCUUAUCUCAAAGGACAGAUAUAAUAGGGGUUGCUGGAAAUCUGUCAGAAAGAGGUGCUUGGUUAAGUACAUCAAAAGAGGAGCAAAUGAGAAUAUGCAGUCCACCAAUAGUUGACUGUAGAGGCAAAACCAUUUAUCUCCAAAGUGUUGGUUAUUUCUAAUGGCAGGGAAGCAGUUGAGGUAAAGCAUGGAAUGACCAGAGGGUCCGUCUCAGCCUUGGGAUUCAGUACAAAGUGAAGUACAAUUUGUACUACUGCAUCUCUAGUGGCAUAGACUUUUCUGUGACUUUGGACUGUUUAUAUGCAAUGUUACUUCUUAAAUUGAAAUGUGAAAUUUUUAUAACGAAAAUUUAUGCUGUUUGAAAAGAUGUGUUUACUCUGGGAGAUAUGCAGGAAAUUCAGAUUAGCCUAUCCUUAUUUUUAAGGAAAUAUCCAUUUGUCUUAUUGUUCAUUACAUUGAACACCAUUAUUUUCUUGAAUAUCAGAACUUGAUAUCUUGGUCAUAAAUCAAAUUUUAUUAUCAAUCAAAAUCUGGCCUAAUCCAUUCUUUAACUGCUUUAUAUCCCAGAGUGUACUGUCUUGAAUCACAAAUAAGGUAAAUGAAUUGUUCCAAUGGUGAAGUGUCCAAAAAAUACAAACCAUUGAAACCUUAUGGUAUGCCAUUGGUGAUAUUUAAACAUGUUGGCAUCAUGAACAGCAACUGUUUAAGACUACAAAGUGAGUUUAUUUUUGUGAACGAGAAGAGUAUAUGUGUAAGAGAGGUUUCUUCCUCUAGGCCAGAAAGACAUGUAAAUAGUGUUUCCAAUUAGCUCAUUGAGCCUUGAUAACAUGAAAAAUGUCAUCUAAGGUGCUUGUGGUGUGAGCAGGGAUUGUGGCCCUAAUGAGGAUUUCAUCUUUUUGAUUUUGUUUUACAAUCUUCCUCAAAGUGCAGAAACAAGUCUAGUACUGCCAUAGGGUCAUUUUCGCUGCCCCCAGACACAGGUGCCCAAAUUAAAGUUUUUGUGCUUUCAUCGAACCACUUAAUGGUCUCUUCAACACAAUUUCUCUUGAAUACAAAAUUGUGUAUAGUACAAAUUGUUUAGAUAGGAGCAUUGAUAUUUCUCUCAUUCCCAAAUGCAAUUAAUUCACAAAGAGGGAAAUGCUGCCUGCCUGCCACUGUUAUGAGUGAAGAGGAAUCUGUCAGAGGCCUAUUUAUUUGGUCAGAAUAGUUAAGUCUGUUUUGUAAUUUGUGCCAUAACUUGAGGUACAAAGUAAUAGGUUAGAACAAUGAAGGCAGUAUUUUAUUAUUUUGUGCAUGCUUGGAAGUAUAUUGAUAUAGUUUGAUUAAUAAUUAAGUUGACUAAUUUAUGUAGAUUAUGCAAAUGUACGUAAAUUUCACUUUAUUGCAAUAUGUAAUAAGCUAAAUUGUUUUUUAAACUUCAAUUUCAGGAUAAUUUUUGCAAGAACUGAUUGAGUGCACCAGUGUGAUAUCUUGUUCAUCGUUUUUACAUAGCCAUCGACUGAUACAUCUUUUUCAUUAGUGUCAACAGCUAGAGCUAAUGAUAUAUUUAACUGUAUUUGACCAAAUGCACAGGCCUACUAAGACAG